AUGACUCCACGUAAGCAUAUUAUAUUAAAAUUACGGGAUAAGUUAGAAGUUAUAAAGUUAAUUAACAAAGGGACCAGCUACAGUGCUAUCUCAAGACAAUUUGGGAUAGGUGUAUCUAGUGAUAUUAAAAAGAACAAGGAAAAAAUAGUGAAGUUUGUCAUUGAAACGGAAAAUGGUCCAGGUAAGCGUAAAACGUUGAAAAAACCAGAAAAUCCAAAUGUUGAGAGUGCGGUUUUUAUGUGGUUCAUUCAACAAAGACGUUUACACGUUCCAGUGAGUGGAGAAAUGUUUUGUGAAAAAGCACGAUUUUUUCACCGCCAAUUCUCAAAAAAUAACCAUGCUUUUAAUGCGUGCAAAGGUUGGUUAGACAACUUCAAAAAGCGUCAUGGGAUAAGGCGUCUCAAAAUUUCUGGUGAAAAACUUUCGAGUAAAGUUGACUGCAUCGAACCGUUCCAAAAAGACUUUGAACAACUUGUCAUACAAAAAAAUUUUAAAGCAGUACAAAUUUACAAUGCCGACGAAUCUGAAUUGUUGUCUGACCACACUUUAGUGUCAUCUACAGAAAAAGCCGCUCCCGGAAAGGCUCAAAAGCCUCGUGCAUUUAAAUCGGUUGCACUUCCUGUGUGCUACCUAGGGCAGAAUAAUGCGUGGCUAACAAGAGAUUUAUUUUUAGAUUGGUUCAACAAUGAAUUUGUUCCUAGGGUUCGUCGUCAUCUUUCUUCAAUCAAUUUUCCUAUGGAAGGUGUAUUACUAUUGGAUAACUGCCCAGGUCACCCAUCUGCGGAUGAACUUUGCAGUGAAGAUGGCAAAAUUUUUGUGAUGUUUCUUCCACUAAAUACAACUGCUAUGAUUCAACCAAUGGAUCAGAAUUUUAUCCAAAACAUAAAAUAG